AUGAAGUUUACUUCUGCUGGCCUCAUGGCCUCUCUCGCUGCUUCAGCUUCUGCCCUUCCCCAGUUUGCUCGCAGCUCAUACCCCGCCCCUUCAGCUUCAGCCUCUUCUUCUCCUGCCCGCAUUCUCCUCGGAAACUCUGGUCACAUCUACGUCGCCGACUUUACCUCCAAGACGGGCAAGUUUGAAAUCUCAAUCAAUGAGACAAUUGAGGGUGGAAAUUCGUGGAUGGCCUUUGCCAAGCCCAACUUGGUCUACGCCGUCAACGAGAACUCAAACGAGCUGCGCCUCUUCAAGAUUGACCUGAAGGAAAAUACCCUUACGGAGGAGUCCAAGAAGACUGGUAGCACUGGUGUAGUGCACCUUGAGUUCAACUCUGAUAAGACUCGUAUGGUUGGUGCUGCUUAUGGUAACGGUACCAUUGAUGUUUGGAACGUUGAGAAGGGCGGACUUGAGCUCAUCAAGACUAUUGAUUCUCCUGGCAAGCUUGGUCCUAACAAGGAGCGUCAGGAUUCUCCUCAUCCUCACCAGGCCAACCUCGACCCUUCAGGCCGUUACUUCGCCGUCAACGAUCUCGGCACUGACUCAAUCGUUCUCAUUGACUCCAAGGACGAUACUUUCAAGGAUACCAACAUCCCCAUCGAAGCCGGCUGUGGUCCUCGUCAUGGCGUUUUCUACCCUCGUGGUAAGGACAAGGCUACUCACUAUAUCGUCGCCUGUGAGCUGAGCAACCAGGCCAUCGUCUACUCCGUAACCUACGAGGCCAACACCAUGUCCUUUAAGAAGCAACAGUCCAUCUCUACCUACGGCAAGGAUGCUCCUGCCAAGGACAUCAAGAAAGCUGCCGUUGGUGAGAUCAUCCUUGCCCCUAACAACAAGGACAUCUACAUCUCCAACCGUCUCUCCGGACAGAAGACCGACUCUAUCGCUCGCUUCACCAUCGCCGAGUGUGGCACUCUCACCUACGCCGAUACUGUCUCCUCUGGCGGUCUUCUUCCCCGCAUGAUGAGCUUCAGCCUGGCUGCCAAGCACAUCUUCGUCGGUAACCAGGACGGCACCAACGGCCUCGUCGCUCUGAAGCGAGGCGCCGAUGGCAAGCUUGUUGAGAAGCCCGUCGGUAGCCUCCCUGGCUCUGUGUUUGGCGAGCCUCAGUUCGGACCUCAGUACGUCCAGCAGAUCGCAUAA